AUGUCUUCCACAACAACACAAUCUGUCGAUGUCGUCAUUGUCGGUGCAGGUCUCAGUGGCCUACGAGCGGCGACCGAAUUGCACAAAUAUGGCCUGUCCUACGUUGUAUUGGAAGCCAUGGAUCGUGUCGGGGGCAAAACACUCACAGUACCUGCGUCGUCUCAAGGCGGUGUGGUAGAUGUUGGGGCGGCCUGGAUCAACGACACCAACCAAGCGGAGAUGUAUCGCUUAGGAAAGAAGUUUGGCUUCGAGUUUGUGGAACAGUGGGUGACUGGGCUGAACUUGUUUCAAAAUGGCACUAAAGAAACCGUCUCAUACCCCUACGGAAGUAUGACAUUUCCGUUGAGCUCCGAACAGCAAGCUCAGGUUCAAAAAGCCUUCGUCAAACUGGCAAACAUAGUUGAACGUUCUUAUCUUGAUGAGCCCUGGUCUGGACCGGAUGCCGUCAGGCUAGACUCACUCAACUGCCAAGAGCUGAUAGAGAAAGAAGUUGGCGGUGAACUCGCCAAUAUGCUAGUCAAUAUGCUCUCGCGCUCUCUUCUAGGAGUCGAGAGCCAUGAAAUGAGUGCCCUCUUUCUCAUCAACUACAUCAAAAGUGGAACUGGAAUCGAAAACAUCUCCUCCGAUCAGGAGAACGGUAACCAGACCUUCUCAAUUAGGCUAGCAGAGGGCCUCAUCCCCGGUUCAGUGAAGCUUUCAUCGCCCGUCAAAAUAAUCAGUCAAUCGGACUCGAGAUGCACAGUUGAGACUGAAUCAGGACAGAUUUUCAAGUGCAAGAAAGUCAUUCUAUCUGUUCCAUCCACACUCUAUCCUUCGAUCAGUUUCCUCCCAGACCUACCACAUACCAAGAAAGUCUUGAGCGAGUCCAGGCUCGGCUACUACUCAAAGACUGUUUUGGUUUACAAGGAGCCAUGGUGGCGCAAUGCUGGUCUCUCAGGUUCUACCAUGACCGCGGACGGGCCGAUUGUCUUCAGUCGAGAUACGUGCGUCCCAGAAGACGGGCAAUACAGCAUCACCUGCUUCCACGUCGGUGAACCCGGCAGACGAUGGUCCAAACUAUCAACCAAAGAAGAACGACAGAAAGAAGUAUUGGGCCAGUUCAACGCUAUGUUCAGCACCGUUGUUGAUAACUUGCCUGAUCCGAUCAACAUCAUCGAGAAAGAGUGGACCAAAGACGAGUGGACAAUGGGUGCCCCGAGUCCUGUCAUGGCGCGAGGGGUAAUGACAAAUGAUGCAGGAAAGGCCAUUCGCGAGCCUUUUGGCAAUGUUCACUUUAUUGGAACAGAGACUUCAUUAAUUUGGAAAGGUUAUAUGGAAGGUGCUGUUCUAUCUGGUAUUCGGGGUGCUGAAGAAGUUAUCGCUGUUUUGGUCUGA